UAUACAACUGUCACAUGACCAGGAAGUGUUUGUCCCAUCACCACAGAGGAGAGGCGGCCAUGCUGGGCAUAGUAGUGCUAGUGCUGAGCUCCCUGCCCGGGGCCCCAGGUUCCCGGCCGUGUGUGCGGCAGAGCUUCGGGCAGAGCUCAGUGGUCUGUACCUGUAACUCCUCCUACUGCGACGGCCUGGAUGACGUCACCGCGCCCGCCCUGGGCAACUACAGCGUGUAUGAGAGCAGCCAAUCAGGAGGACGGCUGGAGGAGAGCGGGGGCCCCAUCAUCAGGAGAGGAGAGGGGCCCACAGGUCUCGUCUUCACUCUCGAUGAUAAGAAACGUUUCCAGGUCAUGAAGGGUUUCGGUGGCGCGGUGACUGACUCGGCCGCCAUGAAUAUCCUGGCCCUGAGCGCCGGCUGCCAGGACAAUCUGCUGCGCUCGUACUUUUCUGAGGAAGGUAUUGGAUACAGCGUUCUGCGGGUCCCCAUGGGCAGCUGUGACUUCUCCACACGGGUCUACACCUACCUGGACCGAGAGGGAGACUUCACCCUGGAGACCUUCAGCCUGGAGGAGGAGGACCAGAGACUGAAGAUCCCAGUAAUCCAGAAAGCCCAGGCCAUGUCGUUGCGGCCCAUAUCCCUGUUCGCCAGCCCCUGGACGGCUCCAUCAUGGAUGAAGACCAACGGGAAGGUGACAGGUAAAGGAACGUUGAAGGGGUCCCCUGGAGGGCGCUACUACAAGACCUGGGCGCAGUACUUCAUCAGGUUUCUGGAUGAAUACGCCAAAUACAAUGUCACCUUCUGGGCGGUCACGGUGGAGAAUGAGCCGACGGCCGGGAUGUUGUCCAAUUAUCCUUUCCAGUGUUUAGGAUUCACCCCCAAACUCAUGAGGGACUUCAUCGCCCUAGACCUGGGCCCCGCAUUGGCUGAGAGCCCCCACAGAGGCAUCCAGGUCAUGAUUGUAGAUGACAACCGGGUCCUGCUGCCAUACUGGGCCAAAGUGAUCCUGUCUGAUCUGCGGGCCGCCCGUUAUGUUCAUGGCAUUGCGGUGCACUGGUACCUGGACGCGGUGAUCCCGGCAGACAUCAGUCUUGGCAGUACGCACCAUCUCUACCCAGAAUACUUCCUGUUUGCUACGGAGGCAUGUGCCGGCUUCACCCCCUGGGAUAAGGGCGUGUGUCUGGGGUGCUGGGAGAGGGGGAACGCCUACAGCCGGCGGAUAAUCGAGGAUCUGAAUUAUUACGUGACGGGCUGGACUGACUGGAACCUGGUCCUGGAUAUGAGCGGUGGUCCCACCUGGGUGGGUAAUAACGUGGACAGUCCUAUAAUUGUGGAUGUGGGUGAGGACGUCUUCUAUAAACAGCCCACCUUCUACCACAUGGCGCACUUCAGUAAGUUUAUCCCCCCGGGGGCCCAACGUAUUGGACUGGAUGCCAACCAGGAGUCUCCUCUGGAGAGCGUGGCCUUCCUCUGCCCCGAUGGAUCCGCUGUGGUGGUCGUCCUCAACAGAGAUUCCCAUGAUGUCUCGUUCUCCAUCUCUGACCCGUCUCUGGGGACGAUAGAAGUCGUGUCACCUGGAAACUCCAUCCAAACGUAUCUGUGGAGGCGCCACUGAUCACCUAAUACAUGGACCGUCCUGUCUCCAUUAUUAUAUAUAACACUCCAGCUCCU